AUGGAUCUCCCGAAGAAAAAGCCCUCUUUGCCUCGUCUGGCAACCAACCUUGAGUCGCAAUCAUCCCCAUCAUUGCCACUCUUGCACAGGAAAUCAGAUGAGAAUGCGCGCCCCAAGCCUGAGAGACCAUGGACUCUGCAGUCUCCAUACCCAGAAGAAAGAGAGGACACUAUCUUGCCUGCACUUCGUUAUGUCCCACACAAAAGUGUGCCCUUGCCCUGGGAAGAGAUUCUGCCCUUGAAAGAUUGUCAAAACCUGCCGGCACCCAAGAAAAAGAUCCAAUACUAUGAAGAUGCAUUCACAGCGCGUGGUGCGCACAACUCUCCCCAGGAUCGGGUUGCUCAAGACUCCAUUGUUGUCAUCGAAGUGAAAACCAACUGCAAGAUCAAAGAUGAACAGAGAAAGCUUGUCGGAGAUCUGAUUUUUCGACUCGCUCAAAUCUAUCAACGCCCAGAAACCUCCAUCAUGCUGACCCUUCAGCAAGAGGCCGGUGUCUUCUUUGGCAACAUUACCGAGCCAUCCUACCUGCUGAAGGUCUAUGCCCUACCGCCUCUGAUUGCCCCAUUUACGAAUCUGCGCAACACCAGUUUGAUCCAGUCGGCCAUGCAAGAUCUGUUGCAUAUUCCCAUGGAACGAGGCGUCGUAAUCUACACUCCGGUUCCUGAGGACAACCUCGCUAACAAUGGCUCGACCGCCCGAGGAGAAAUUGUCCGAUUGGAAAGAAAUGAGCAGGAAGAUAGCCCCGGACUUUUCAAAACAAUCUCACGCUCGAUGUCUCGUCGUCUGAAAAAUACCAGUAGCAGUGGUGGGAGUGGGCCCAUAUCCUUACCAUCUACUGCUGGGACUGCUGGGACUGCAGAAGAUGCGAAGAGUGACAUGAUUGAAGAGUAUGAGGGUAUGCUGAAGGAAGAGAAGGAGCCUGAGAAAGAGAAUAGCCAGGUUAUCAAGGUGUCUAACGAGUAG